CUAUAAGAACCUGUAUUUAUAGAAUGAUUACCACGCUAAGGAUGUGCAACAUACACAUAUUUCUCUUGUGAAUUGAUCAUUUGUGCAUCUUGCUCGCUUGGAAAAAGAGGACAUAAAGGUAAGUUUAAAAAGAUUAUUGCUGAAAAUCAGAAGUUUCAUAUAAUAUAUUAAUAUAAUGUCCACAUGGGGAUGUAGCUCAAACGGUAGAGCGCUCGCUUUGCAUGCGAGAGGCACGGGGUUCGAUACCCCGCAUCUCCAUCAUAUUUUUAUUUAAUUUUUUUUUGGGGAAUAUAAUAUUAUUAAUUUAUUUGGAAGCUUCGAGUUUCGAAGGUGCUUCACGAACACGGUGAGGAAGCCCUGUUAUUAAUUGGGAGUCCUGUCCUAGUCAAGAGAAGAAAACCCAGAAAAAGAGAAUACCAAAUUUCUGAGAUUUGCUAACAGUAUAAAAAUCCAAUUCCAAUAAUUUUUUUUUUCUGUAAUUUAAAUUCCAGAGUUUUAGUGAGAGCAACGAUUAUGUUGCUUUCUAAAGUUUCGAAAGGUGGACUUUGGAAUUGGAAUUGGAUGCUUCUUCGACAGCUCUCAACGCCCAUAACUAGAGCUGGAUAUAUACAACGGCCUUACAGUUACAGUUACAGUUACACCCACUAUUUGCAACCGCUGAUUGACUCACAGACAGAAACUAAGGUGGUCCAGGGUUCCAUAUUUCAGAAGCAUCAACAAUUUUCUACCACUACUACUAGCGAUGCAUCUAAGGAAGGAGGUGAAAAGAAAGAAUCGAUAUCUGUCACAUUUGUUGACAAGGACGGAGAGGAAAAGCACCUUAAGGUCCCCAUAGGAAUGUCUAUGUUGGAAGCUGCUCAUGAAAAUGAUAUAGAACUUGAAGGAGCAUGCGAAGGCUCACUUGCCUGUUCGACGUGUCAUGUGAUUGUGAAGGACAUGGAGUAUUACAAUAAGUUAGAAGAACCUACUGAUGAGGAAAACGACAUGUUGGAUCUAGCCUUCGGGCUUACAGAAACAUCUCGUUUGGGUUGUCAAGUGAUUGCAAAAUCUGAACUUGAUGGAAUUCGUUUAGCUAUACCUGCUGCCACACGAAACUUUGCUGUUGAUGGGUAUGUUCCAAAACCACACUAGAGACAUACAAGGGCACCGGAGAGUGCUUACUGAUAGUAUAGGGUGUAAUCAUCCCAAUUUUGUAGUGCCUCUAUUGUAUUUGAUCAAUGAGAAUUGAUCGAUCUUGUUCAUUGUUAUUCUGUUGUUUUUUUGUUUUAUAAAGGUGCUGAAUUAACACAACAUUUUAUAGAUGACAUGCUCAUUGUGGUGCCAAUUUAACUUGGAUGACAAUAAUUUAUAGGUAAAUGAUGUUAGAGAAGAGCUGAUUUUUGUAGUGGCUGAGCGAUUAAUUUAAGUUUUAUUCUUACUAUUCCAGGAUAAUUUCAUUCUUUUUAAGUCCAAAAUUUAUACACAUCUAUGUUAUUCUCUCU